GUCAUGAUAGAUAGAGCGCCUUCAAUUCGCCUUUUGCAGGAUACCGCUACAGUGCACUGUAUCCUCGCAAAGACAGCUAACUGUCAGGCCUUCAUUACAGCAUGUCAUGCACUGCUGAUACACGCACCUCUGCACCUCUGCACUGACCUCUCUUCCCCCACCACGCCGCCACGCCUAUAUAAAGAGACGCCACGCCUUCCCUCUUCAACCCACCCGGCCUCUCAAACCAAUUCCUCUGCUCCUCUCCUCUGUUUCUUUCUUCGAUACACGCUAGAGCCUAUAACACUCUGUUCUGUUCAUCUGUUUUUAUAAACCAUGGUGGUUCUUGCCCAGGGCGAGCUGGAGCAGAUCGCGCUCCCGGCGGUGCAGAAGGCGGCGCCGCCUCUGGCCGACGUCCCGGAGAUCGACCUUGCCGCGGCGGGGGCCGGCGGCUCCGCGGCAGGACGGGCUGCCGCGGCGAAAGCCGUGGCGGCGGCGUGCGAGGAGCACGGGUUCUUCAAGGUGACGGGCCACGGCGUGGCAUCCGGCCUCCUGGCGCGCGUCGAGGCCGCGGCCGCGGACUUCUUCGCGCUCCCGCAGCGGGAGAAGGAGGCGGCGAUGGCGAUGGCGAUGGCGCCGGCGGCCGCGGCCGCGGGCAGCAGCCCGUUCGGGUACGCGAGCAAGCGGAUCGGCAGCAACGGCGACCUCGGCUGGGUCGAGUACCUCCUGCUGGGCGUCACCGCCGCCGGCGCGCCAUUGCCGGUGCCGUCUUCGGCGUCGCUCUGCGCUUUCCGGGAACUUCUGGACGAGUACACGGUGGCCGUGCGGAGGAUGACCUGCGAGGUGCUGGAGCUGAUGGCGGAAGCGCUGGGCAUGGAGAAGGACGAGUUCACGAGGCUGGUCCUGGAGGAGGACAGCGACUCCAUGCUAAGGGUGAACCACUACCCGCCGGCGCCGCGGCCCGAGCUGAAGCAGCAGCUUCAGCACGGUGGCAAUGGCAGGGUGACCGGGUUCGGCGAGCACACGGACCCCCAGAUCAUCUCCGUGCUCCGCUCCAACGCCACCUCCGGCCUCGAGAUCGCGCUGCGGGACGGCACCUGGGUCUCCGUCCCGCCCGACCACACCUCCUUCUUCGUCAACGUCGGCGACGCCUUGCAGGUUCUGACGAAUGGGAGGUUCAGGAGCGUGAGGCACCGGGUGAUGGUGAACAGCGUGCGUUCGCGCGUGUCGGUGAUCUUCUUCGGCGGGCCGGCGCCGGGGAAGACGCUGGCGCCGCUGCCGCGGAUGGUCGGGGAAGGCGGGAGCAGCCGCUACAGGGAGUUCACGUGGCGGGAGUACAAGGCCUCGGCCUACAGGACCAAGCUCGCGGAGAACAGGCUCUGCCACUUCGAGACCACCAGCUAGGCACGCCAUUGCUUAAUUUCACCUUUUUUCCUUCUUUUCUUGCCAUUCCUAAGUACUCUGUGUGCGUUUUUUUUUCUUCUUCUUUCUUUUUGCUAGUGUGUUCGCGUGAUAGGUGGUAUAUAGAUGUUGAGUAAGGUUUUUGUGCUGCUUAAUUAGCAGUUUGUAGGUCCGCUUGGAACGCCUAAAUUUCGCGGGAAGCUGUUUAGCUCUCAUGGAAAUCGGAAAUGUUUUAUCUGUUCAUUGUGUGUGAA